GGUUAUCAGAUCCUGCAGCGCCUGCGUGUUUGACUGCGCGGGUGUGGAUUUCUGUGCUGGUUGUAAAGAGAGCCUGUUUUGUUUUCUCCGGGUCUGUUGUUUGCAUCUGUGUUUCUUAUAACUAGUUUUGCAGAAAUGGCUUGCGACAGUGAUGUUGAAAUUAUUGAAGAUCCUGCCAGCACCAAGAUGGAUUUGGAUGCGGAUGACGACGUCAUGAUCAUUGAAUCCAUGGAUGUGAAACUGUCACAAGAGGAACAGCUUGAACUAAACAAAAAGCUCGCCGAGAAGAAAAAAGAUGAAGGGAAUCUCGCCUACACCGCCAAGAAAUACACCCAAGCACUCGAGCUAUACUCGCAGGCCAUUGGCCUGUGCCCACAGUCGGCCACCUACUACAACAACCGGUCGGCCUGUCUACUGAUGAUGGGCCAGCACAGGCAGGCGCUGCAGCAGGCGCGCGAGGCCGUCCGGCUCGACCCCAAAUACGUCAAGGGCCUGCUGCGCAUCGCCAAGUGCCAGGUGAUCCUGGGCGACGUGGCCGGCUCGGACUCGGCGCUGAAGGAGGCGGCCGCGCUGGAGUCGCAUAACCCGGGCAUCGCCACCGAGCGGCGCAACCUGGACGCCGUGACGCGGCUGUCGCACGAGCUCGACCUCGCCUGGCAGAAGGGCGACUACCGUCGCGCGCUGUUCUGCGCCGAGCGGGCGCUGACGGUGGCGACGGGCAGCGCCCAGCUGCGGGUCCGCCGGGCCGAGUGCCUCGUGCUGCUGGGCCGCUACGCCGAGGCGCAGGACAUCGUGCAGGACAUGCUGCGCGCCGACAGCAUGAACGCCGACGCGCUGUACGUGAGGGGCAUGUGCCUCUACUACCAGGACGACGUGGACCGGGCGCUCACGCACUUCCAGCAGGUGCUGCGUCUGGCGCCCGACCACCAGCGCGCCCGUCACGUCUACAAGCAAGCGAAGAGCCUUAAGACGAAGAAGGACGAGGGCAACAUGGCCUUCAAGAAGGACAAGCUGCAGGAGGCGCUGCGGCUGUACACGGAGGCGCUGGCGAUCGACCCUCACAACCGCUCCACAAACUCCAAGCUGUUCUUCAACAGAGCGACCGUGCAGUCGCGGCUGAACAACAAUGAGCAGGCCGUGGCCGACUGCUCGCAGGCGAUCAAGCUCGACUCCGGCUACGUGAAGGCCUACCUGCGAAGGGCCAAAUGCCACAUGAACACCGAGGAGUACGAGGAGGCGGUCCGAGACUACGAAAAGGUGUGCAGCAUGGACCGCAGUCAAGAGCACCGCCGGCUGCUGGCCGAGGCCAAGCUCGAACUCAAGAAGUCCAAGCGCAAGGACUACUACAAGAUCUUGGACCUCAGCAGAACGGCCACCACCGAUGAGAUCAAGAAGGCUUACCGGAAACAGGCGCUCGUGCAUCACCCAGACCGGCACUCGAACGCCUCGCCGGAGCAGCGCAAGGAGCAGGAGCACCGCUUCAAGGAGGUGGGCGAGGCGUACAGCGUGCUCUCGGACCGCAACAAGCGCGCCCGCUACGACACCGGCCAGGACCUGGACGACGCGGACGGCUUCUCCGGCGCCGACGUCGACCACAGCAACAUAUUCCAGGCGUUCUUUGGAGGCCAGGCUCCCGGCGGCUUCAGGUUCAACAUGGGCGGCCAGCAGCCGUUCGACUUCGGCCACGGCGGCGGCGGCGGUGGUUUCCAGUACACGUUCGGCUAGGUGCCGUCUGCGUGCGAGUGAGAGUGAGAGGCCCGUGCGCGCCCGCCGGCCGCAGUGGCGCCACCUGUCCUCGGCGAGACGCUGGCGCCAGCGCUGACGAGUAUGAGGCGGGGUGCCAGAGCGCGCGCCGCCCGGCCACACCCCGCCCCCAGAUUCAGCCGGUCGCGCCCCGGGGCGGAACGUCUGGAAAUCUAUUGCAUUGAAUGUGUUCUGCUCAUGUUAUGUUUGAUAUCCGUCACUGGCGAUCGGGGUGGGCCUGGGAUGCAGUAUCACCGUGUGACUUCACGACCGCCUCCGGAGCGGCGCGGCGGCGGCGUUCUUGGCUGUAGACUAAUGACUUAAUGCGCAGAGGUGCUGACGCGGGCGGUGGCUGCUGCCAAAAAGGCUGCGUUUGGGAGGCAGGGAGCGGGGGCAGCUGGUCCUCAGGGGUGCGAACGUGAGUCCGGCUCCAGAUCAGGGAUGGGACGUCUGUCCAGCUCCAGGUCAGGGAUGGGGACGUCUGUCCAGCUCGAGGUCAGGAGUGGGACGUUUGUCCAGCUCUAGGCCAGGAGUGAGGACGUCUGUCCAGCUCCAGGUCAGGGGCGAGGACGUCUGUCCAGCACCAGGUCAGGAGUGGGGACGUCUGUUCAGCUCCAGGCCAGGAGUGAGGACGACUGUCCAGCUCCAGGUCGGGAGUGGGGACGUCUGUUCAGCUCCAGGCCAGGGAUGGGGACGUCCGUCCAGCUCCAGGUCAGGAGUGGGACGUUUGUCCAGCUCUAGGCCAGGAGUGAGGACGUCUGUCCAGCUCCAGGUCAGGGGCGAGGGCGUCUGUCCAGCGCCAGGUCAGGAGUGGGACGUCUGCCCAGCUCCAGGUCAGUAGUGGGGACGUCUGUUCAGCUCCAGGUCAGGAGUGAGGACGACUGUCCAGCUCCAGGUCGGGAGUGAGGACGUUUGUCCGGCCCCAGGUCAGGAAUGGGACGACUAUCCAGCUCCAGGUCAGGGGGAGGACGUCUGUCCGGCUCCAGGUCAGGAAUGAGGACGUCUGUCCAGCUCCAGGUCAGGAGUGCGGACGUCUGUCCAGCGUCAGUUCAGGAGUGUGACGUCUAUUCGGCUCCAGGUCAGGAGUGAGGACAUCUGUCCAGCUCCGGGUCAGAAAUGGGACGACUGUCCAUCUCCAGGUCAGGAGUGGGACGUCUGUCCAGUUCCAGGUCAGGAGUGGGAUGUCUGUUCUGCUCCAGGUCAGGAGUGAGGACGUCUGUCCAGCUCCAGGUCAAGAGUAAGGACGUUUGUCCGGCUCCAGGUCAGGAAUGGGACGACUGUCCAGCUCCAGGUCGGGGGUGAGGACGUCUGUCCGGCUCCAGGUCAGGAGUUGGACUCUGUCCGGCUCCAGGUCAGGAGUGGGGACGUCUGUCCAGCUCCAGGUCGGGAGUGAGGACGUCUGUCCAGCCCAAGGUCAGGAGUGAGGACGUCUGUCCGACUGCUGUGGGGUCCGCCCGGUGUUAACCGACUGACGGCUGUCGGCUGCCCUCGACACGGGUCUGCGUCGCCUAGAAGCUCUGCUGGAGACCGUCUCCACAACUCGAGACCCUCCGUACCCUCCCCCGCCUCCCUCCUCAGCCGGCCGACGUAAGGACCUGGUCCUGGAAUGGUCCCUCGGAGAAGCAGGCCUGGGAGGAACAGUGGAAUGCUAGCACCGGCACCGGCCAUCGUCCCAGAAGUCGCUGUAAUCCUACUUUUUAUGCUACGCUCAGAAAUACAUGGCAGCCCGAUUCUGAA